ACUAUACUUCCCAUAAUGCAAUGCUCAAAAAGUGCCCGCCCCUCCAAUUUUUCCAACGUGAUCUGUCCUGUCCAACCAGGAGAGCCGUUACAGGCGCAAUGCGGGUUUCUGGAUGUAAGGAGCAAUGGCGACGGUCGAGACGAUGUAGGAGGCCCCAAGAUGGACAGAGAGGCCUCAGUAUCCUCUUCCACCACCUCCUCCUCUGGCAUUAUCUCCUCUUCUCCUCCUCUUCAGACUUCUGUCAGUCAGUCCAAUGUGUCUGCAAAAAAGCGAGAGUCCAGAAAGUCCACACCCACAACUCCUGCCUUCCUAUCCAACCUGGGAAGGGCCACCCUGCGGGGCAUUCGCAAGUGCCCUCAGUGUGGCGUGUAUAAUGGCACCCGUGGGCUCAGCUGCAAGAACAAGGCCUGUGGGGUGUCCCUCAGAAGUGUGUCAUCAGUGAGUAGAAGCAGCAAGAAAGCUGCUGUGACAGUGGUGAAGGUGAUAACGGACAGCGAGGAAAGGUCUGUGAAAGAUCAGGAGGGAGGUGGAGGAGUUUUGGAUGAGGGCCUGAGUGGUGGAGCGCACGUGUUUUCAGUGUGCCACAGAGGAAGAGGGGCCACGGCGACUCAAUGGGGCUUUGUUGAGCUUGUUCCCACAGAUACAGCGAUAGCAACAGGGGACGGGACCACCUUGCUGACUCGCAUCAACCUUGGUCGCUGCUUUUUACUGUCUUGCAGGCAGGGUCAAAGGUCAAGUCAGUCAGAUUUGGCGACAGACAAACAAUCGUCGUCUGACAGCCUUUGUGUCCACAUCAAGCAAGCUGUAGAGUGUCAGAAAUGUGCAACACCACUGACUUUAAAAAGCUCUGUUCUGGAGAGUUUACAGGUUUCCAUUCAAGUCAGAGAGGAGCUGUGGAAGCUGGCUACAGAGUCUCCUGGGCCUCUGGUGCAACGCGUGUCUAAAAACACGCUGGUAGUGAAGUGCCACACGGACUCUCACCACCCUCUGGGCCUGCUGCAUCUCUCUGUGGGAGCACCCAGGCUAUCGGUGAAUCAGAUGAACGAGAGAAGCGUGUUCCACUGUGCCUGCCAGGUUAAUGCUGCAAGGAACAAACCUGAUGUGGAUGGAGCUGGUGGAUCAGCCAUUUCUCCGUCUCCGCCCAGCUGUGGCACAUUCCAGCCAUGCCUUCACUUCUACGCCUGCGUCUGCGCCUUCGCGAGCAAUGAAAAGCUGGCUUCAGAGUUUGCAGCUUUCAUCAAAUACUCUUCCAGUGGUGUGCAGCAGAAUGUGUUGAGUGGAGUAACUGUCAGUGAGAAACCCCUGCAGCAGACUGAACCCAAUAACUCUCACCAUAAAGCCAAGAAGCUUCACCUGGAUGUGUCUGCAGCCCCUUCAGUGGCCUUCUCUGCUGGGAGGAAAGAAGGAGUGUUGGCUUCUGGUCCGAGGAAAACCAGCCAGAGGAAAGCUGCUGGUGCUGGUGGGCUGAAGGCUGCAGGAAGCGUUCAGUUUGUGGAUGAGCAUACGAUGGUGAUGGGCUUCCAUCAGUGGCUGGCCAGCGUGACAGAGAGGAUCCAUCAGACAAUGCACUACCAGUUUGAUGGAAAGCCAGAUCCUCUGGUCUACCACAUUCCUCAGGAAUUCUUCAACGCCCUGCAGCAGCGUUUGUCUCUGGGAUCCAAGAAGAGAAGACUACCAAACCUUACCACAGCAUUCGUAAAAAACGAUGGGCUUCCUCUUGGAUCCUUCACCAAGUAUACCUGGCAUGUCACCAACCUGCUGCACGUCAAACACAUUUUCGACACCCCAGAGUGUCACAAUCAGCAGUUUGUGAAGCAGAGCAUACAGAAACUGGAAAACCAGAAGCUGGAGAGGGCACAGAAGGCGACAAGGCUGGACCAUGAUUAUGCCACGUCACCCCCCCACAGGUGCUUUAGAUGAGACAGCGGAGAUCAUUCAAGACUUGGAGGCCAAACAGGAGAGUGUGGCCAUACCGCCGCUAAUCGUCGUCAGUCAAUGCUGUGCUUCUGAUACUCAAAUAAGAUUCUACACAAAACUGCCAUCGGUGUGUGUGUGUUCAGGAUCUUGUGGGAACACAUUGCUCCUUCUGCUUCUCGGCUGAUUUACUGGAGCAAAGCAAGGAGGAUGGGUGAGGAAGCCAAGGGAGACACAGAACCCAGCCCCUCUAGCAGCAUGCUGUUAAUGAAUGAAUUCCUCAUGUACUGUAUGCGAAUCACUGCUGGCGUGAAGGAGCAGCUCCUAGCUGACAUGUUCCAAUGUAGUGUUGCCACAGUUAGCAGAGUGACCUUCACUUGGACCAAUUACCUCUUCUUAAUUCUGGGGACACUUUCUAUUUGGAUGUCUAGGGAAAAAAUAAGAUCAGACAUGCCAGAGACGUUCAAAAAGCACUGUCCCAACGUCCGUGUGAUCCUGGACUGAGAUUGCUGUGACCACACCCUCCUCACUCAUCGUGCAAUCUAAAAAGUUUUCCCACCACAAAACCAAAAAAAAAAAGUGAAUGCCCUUAUUGGAGUCAGCCCCCAUGGUUUUGUGUCCUUCUAUUCCCAGCUGCACUCUGGAUGCAUCUCUGGCAAGACGAUAACACGACUCUGGAAUCCUUCAGCUGCUGGAGCCACGUGAUGAGGUGAUGGCCAACAAGGGCUUUGUCAUUGAUGAUCUCCUUUCUGAUGUUAGAGCAAAACGUAUAAUCCCCGCCUUCAAGCACUCUGCUCCAUGUAUUUCAGAAGACACAGAGAAGACACAAGCCAUUGCUCUCAGGAAAGUCGCCAGGGCAAUAAUGGGACAGAUUAAAUCCAAUCAGAUCUGGGACUCACCCAUUCCGCUCACUCUGAUCGGCACAAUCAGCCAGAUGUGGCCCAAAUGCUGCGUGAUGGUCAGUUUUCAAGGACCUCAAUCCUGUGAAGAGCAUUUUGCUCACACUGUCGGAAAUGGUUACAAAAUAUCUGUAAAGUACUUUCUUAACAUUUCUGAUUUAAUUCUGUGGGACUUGCAUUCAUUUUUUACUGUUUACAUUUAACUCCCUCUUGGUCAAUGAUCCGUUUUUGGGGUAUGAAUGACAAUUUGCCGUCACUACUACGGAAGUUAAAGCAGAAGAUUUCAAGGUGAUUUUUUUUCACACUAGGUGUAUUUAUUUAUUUUUUUAAUGAAUAGUUUAGGCAUUUCUUACUCAUGUGCAUUGUAUGUUUUUUAUUUAUUUGUUCAAUGGACAUUCUUUUAUUUUUCUUUGUACUGCUCCUGUAAUGAAGAUGAUUGCUCCUCUGACACGAUUUAUCCACUGAGACAAUAAAAGGAUUUUAUUUUC